AUGCGUCAAUUAGGAACUGAAGAAAAAACUGCUCUUCUUUUAGCAGCAGCAGCUGAUGAUGACGAUGAUGAUAAUCAUGAUUAUAAUAUAACAAAUACUCCGUCAAAUGCUAGAAAUGACAAUUCUCCUGUUGUUGCUAGGCGUCCCAAAACCUAUCAACGUCAUCCUAUUUCGAAUGUUCAUCCGAUAUUAUGUUUUUCUCUGGUCUUGGCCGCUUUCAUCUUAGGAGCUCUUUGUGGAAUCAUUAUUUUACUUUAUCGAAUGUCGGGAGAUUCUGGACAAAGAUCAUCAUCAUCUUCAAAUUUACUUGAAGCAGCCACAAAGAUUGAUUUAUCUAUACAAACAAAAUUAUUUCAAUCAAUAAAACAAACAAAUUUUAUGAAUAUCACUCGUUCAAUUGAAUCUGAAAAUGAUGCUGCUAAUAAAUUAUAUGAACAAUGGAAAUCAUAUUCUUCAACAUUAACUCGUAUAAAUAAAUUAACAUAUGAUAUAAAUUUAUCAAAAUUUGCUUCAUCAACACAAUGGAGUGGUAUUCAAUUAUUUGAUGAUAAAAAUGAAAAAGAAUUUUUAAAAGUUAAUCAUUUAUCAACAGAAAAUUUUCUUGCACUUUCAUCACUUGUUAAAUCGAAUACAAUCGAUGGAAAUUCAAUUUAUUAUGUUAAUUAUGGUCGACAAGAAGAUUUUGCUUAUUUAUUUAAAAAUCGUAUUCGUUUUGAAAGUUCUGAAAAAUCAAUUGUAUUUAUGAGACGUAAAUCAACAAUUAUUUCUUAUAUCGAACAAAUUCAUCAAGCUAUUUAUUAUGGUUUUGAUGGUUUAGUUUUAUUUGAUGAUAAUGAAAAUGCACAAAUUACAACAACAAAUAAUCGAUAUUCAUUUUUUCGAGAUUGGGCUAGAUAUUUAUCUGCAGACGAACGUCAAAAAUAUCUUGAUGGUACUCUUAAUAAUAACAAUCAUUCAAUUUCUGUUUUAAUACUUUCAUAUGAUGAUGUUCAAAAAAUAUUUCAAUUAAUUCAAUCAGAUUCAAGUGAAUGGUUAGUUUGUCCAACUCAAUGGCAUGAUAAAGCUACUAUAUUAAGAUUAGGUGGAAAACUUAAAACUAUGAAAAUUCGAUUAGUUGUCAAUAUGGAAUCUAUGAAAAUAGAUAUGCCUGUUGUUAUGAGUUCAAUUCGUGGUAGACUUGAUGCUGAUCAUUUUAUCAUGGUUGGUUAUCAAUUAGGUGCAACACAACAAAAUAGAAUCAUUAAUGAAAUUGUAGCAGCCUAUAUGAAUCAAAUUAAGAAUGGUUGGAAUCCAAGACGAUCAAUUCUAUUCUGUGCUUGGUCUGGUCUAGAUUAUAAUCAUUAUACAAUUCGUCGUUGGCUUUCGAACAAUUAUCGUUUUGUUGUUAAAAAUUUAAUAGCAUAUAUUGAUCUCGGAAAUGGUGUUCUUUCAAAUUCUACUCUUAAUUUACAUGGCUCACCAUUACUUGAACAGAUUGCUAGUCGUGCUGCUGAUUUCGUACCAAGUCCACUUGAACAUAAUCAUACAUGUCAUCAUCGAUUAGUAACAACAACAGUUUCAAGUGAAGAGAGUCAUCAUCAUGGUCAUGAUCGAAAACGACGUGAUGGUGAUGAACAUGAACAACAUGUUGAAACAAAUCAACAAAAAGAAUCGGAAUGUGAACCACAUAAAUUAUUAGAUGAAUGGUUUAGAGCAACUAAAAAUCAAAUUGGAUUAAAUAAAACUUUAGGUAUUGUUCAAACGAUUGAUAUCGAUUCAUCAGCUGCUUUAUUUCAAUUACAAUAUGGAAUUCCAUCAAUAUUAAUUGAAAUGACUAAUCAAGAGGCGUUAACAAAUGAUACAUUUUAUGUAUGUCAUUCAUCUCCUAUAUUUGAACAAGAAAUUCAACCAGAAGUUUAUGUUGCUUAUACACAAUUUGUUACUGAAAUAAUUCGUCAAUUAAUUGAUGAACCAUUGCUUUCAUUUAAUUUAACUCAUUAUGCUAAUCAAAUAGACAAACAAGCUAUUCAAUAUGUUAAUCAUUAUAAUAGAGAAUAUGGUUCAGUAGGUUCUCAUAUUGGUGAUCCCAGUGAUUUCACAAUAACAUUCAAUGAUUUAACAAAAUCUAUUCGAAUAGUUCAAUCAUAUAUUGAUCAACUAUCUAAAAAUGAUUAUUUUCGUUUUCAAUCAAUUAAUGAAAAAUUAAUUGAAUUUGAACGUUUAUUUCUUAGUAAUGAUCAUCUACCUGGAAUGAAUACAGUUGAUAAAAUAUACAAACAUAUAUUAAUUGGUCCAGCAUUUGGUCUUACAAAUACAGCUGUGCCAUUUCCUUUAUUAUCAAAUCUUCUCUUUGAUAUUGCUGAAGAUCCACCAACAGAAUUAUGUGAAGCAUCAAAAUUAUUUUGGUUAAAAUUAAAAGAACAUAUUCAUUGUAUGAAUCAAACAUUAAAUGGAUUUGAUGGACUUAUUGAAAAAAUUUAA